CGGACACGGGUGCUGUUGCUUCAUUCUCUGUGACAAAGAGCCAUCAGAACUUCCUCCUUCCACCUUCCUCUUGGUCACCGCAUUUCUGGUCUUGUUCUUUAUGGUGUUUUAAAAUACCUCCCCCACAAUUUGCGUUACCUCAUUUCUCUAUUUACAGCUUGUAAACUGUUUUCGAACUGCUUAGGUAAACAGUGAGCUGGGUUGGAGGUCGAGCGCUCACCCCCGACCGGGCUUCAAACUGGCCACCUUUCGGUUGGUGGAUCUUAUUACUGCUGUUGAUUUACCAGUUGUGCUACAGCCCAGCCCUAAGGAAUUUGUUCCUUCCACGGAGGAAUUUUUGAAGGAAAUUUACCUGCCCAGGAAAGCGGUUUUGUUGCUAGACAAUGCCUCAACACACCCUGAUGCAGAGGAGCUUCAAGAGGGGGACAUGAAGGCGAUGUUUCUGCCACCGAAUGUAACCGUCAUAUGCCAACCGAUGGAUCAGGGCGUUUUGGAAGAGCUCAAAAGGAACUAUUGCAGGAAGCUAUUCUCGGCAAGGAUAGAAGAAAUGGAAUAAGUUGAUCUCGCAAAGAUGGCGAGACUUGGCAGCGGAGAAAUGGCAAUCGCUGGAAAAGCAGUAGAUAACGGGGAGAAGAGCCAUGUAUGCACCAAGUACAGGAAGCAUUUGGGACACAACUGGGCCUUUCGUCGAGACCAGCAAGCCCACAGAGAAGAUGGAAGUUCUGCCAGAGAAAGGCCCGACAAAUGCAAUGUAUGUGGGCAGUGUUUUACCCAAAAUAUGGCACUUGUGCUUCACAAGACACUCGAUGUUGGGAAAAGCCAUCUUAAAGGGAAAGUAUCUGCAAAAUGUGUGGUGAAACACAAGAAAUUUCACACAGGUCAGGAACAAUACAGAUGCCAAGAGUGUGGGAAGUGUUUUGCUUCCAGUUCAGCCUUGGUGAGGCUCAAAAGACUCCACACAGGAGAGAAGCCACACCAAUGUCAGGAGUGUGGGAAAUGUUUUGCUGAAGGUUCAGCCUUGUUGAGCCACAAAAGAGUCCACACCAGGGAGAAGCCAUACAAAUGCCAGGAGUGUGGGAAAUGUUUUGCUUUCAGUUCAGCCUUGGUGAGGCACAAAAGAGUCCACACCAGGGAGAAGCCAUACAAAUGCCAGGAGUGUGGGAAAUGUUUUGCUUUCAGUUCAGCCUUGGUGAGGCACAAAAGACUCCACACAGGAGAGAAGCCAUACCAGUGCCAAGAGUGUGGGAAAUGUUUUGCUUUCAGCUCAAACUUGGCGAGCCACAAAAGACUCCACACAGGAGAGAAGCCAUACAAAUGCCAGGAGUGUGGGAAAUGUUUUGCUUUCAGUUCAGCCUUGGUGAGGCACAAAAGAGUCCACACCAGGGAGAAGCCAUACAAAUGCCAGGAGUGUGGGAAAUGUUUUGCUUUCAGUUCAGCCUUGGUGAGGCACAAAAGACUCCACACAGGAGAGAAGCCAUACCAGUGCCAAGAGUGUGGGAAAUGUUUUGCUUUCAGCUCAAACUUGGCGAGCCACAAAAGACUCCACACAGGAGAGAAGCCAUACAAAUGCCAGGAGUGUGGGAAAUGUUUUACUGCCAGUUCAGACUUGGUGAAACACAAAAGACUCCACACAGGAGAGAAGCCAUACCAAUGCCAGGAGUGUGGGAAAUGUUUUACUGCCAGUUCAGACUUGGUGAAACACAAAAGAAGCCACACAGGAGAGAAGCCAUAUAAAUGCCAUGAAUGUGGAAAAUGUUUUACUCAGAGUUCAUCCCUUGACCGGCACCAGAGAAUACAUACUGGCUAAAAAACA